GGAUUCACAUCUCACCUACACGUGGCAUCAUCCAACGCUCUGGAGAGAGCAGGUCUUCAGGGAGUUCUUUGCGGUGACCGUCUAUAGCCGGUGGAGCCGGUGACAGGGGUCAAUGGUAUAAGAGUUGGGGUUUAAGCCAUGGUGAGGAAGGGGUGGUUUUCACAGGGUUUUUGGUUAUCUUUUCAAUUUCAACCGAAAGAGAGAAAAUAACGAUUUAGAUAAAACAACAAAAGCAAAAAUUAAAAGGUUGGGGGGAAUUGAGUGAAAAUUUUGAACUUUUUUUGUUCUUUGUUUGAUUUUGUGAUCGUGUAAAAUGGAUUGGAUGAUCUGGGUUGUUGAAGAUUCAAGAUGGGUUUUUUCUGAGAGGAAAAAGUUGUGAUCUUGCUUAGUUGUUGGCAUAGUUGUAGAAUUUUGUUUGCAGAAGAAAAUGAUGUGGAUAUCACUCAUGGUGGCAUGGAAGAGAUUUUGAUUCCUAAAAGAGUGAACUCCAUCGCUUAUUUGGUGUAACUAAAGCUAAUGCCGAUUUGAUUCUAUUCCGUCAUGAAAAGGUGUCGUCCCCAUUCUCGUUGCAUUUGGAUUAUUUCCUAGUCAGGCUCUGGAAGACUGGUCUUCCUGUUGUAUGAACUCACUGGGUAUGGUUCUGAGAUAUGUCAUUGCAGAAGAGAUCAGAGUAUGGAUUUAAUGGCUAUCAGGUGCCUCCAACUCCUCGAGCUGCCAGAUCAGUUAGGAAAAGGAGCUUAGUUAAGAGAAGAACCGAUGACAACCAAAUGUGUGCAUUUGACUUAUUGGCGACUGUAGCUGGAAAGUUACUCUUGGAUGGCGAAAGCCUGCCAUCUGCAAAUACAUCUUCUGGAAAAGAGCAGCCCCCCACUUUGGGAAAUUCAGCUGGGAAGGAAGAUAAGGACGAGCAUAAGUCUUUAGAAGAAAAACCUGGAGAUCGAGAUUGUUAUGAAAGAAACUUUCUUUUUACGGAAAUUGUCUCUGAAGCGCCUAAUCCAAAUUCCUCUUCUAACAAACCUGCUUGCACACAAAAUGAUAGAAUCUCUAGGCCCGCUUCGGGUAUAACGUCUUCUGAUUGCUCGGAGAAGUUUGGUUCUGCAGAACAUUUGGUUAACGAUGAAUGCAAGCUCAGCCUUGGGAUUUCUACUCCUUCAGUAGAUAUCGAGUCAUCUGGUCUUAGAAUAUCUGCUAAUUCAGGGUCGGAGGAAGAAAGUAGGAAGGACAGGAAAGACAUAAAACUGGUUUCUGCAAAUUUUAGGAAUUCGUCGCUAAGUAAUAAGGUUCCUCUGUGCAGUUCAGUUCAUCCAGAGGUGCCAGACAGAAAAUCCUCUGCUUUAGUGUGUUCAGUUGAUAGUGUGAAGUUUCCCUUUUGCAGGGACCGCGCUCCUUGUGGUCCUCUUCUCGUUAACCGGGAGAAUGUAAAGUUAGUUAAGAGAGAUGAUGACGAUAACUCUUCUGAAUGCGUCGAACCUAGCACCAGAAACAAGGCUUUUAAGCCACCCGGGGACCGUAGGUUCAGAAAGUUUCUAGCACCUAAGCAUUGUAAAAUAACUUCAAUUGUGAAGGACGAUGAAUGCUCUAAUGCUGAAAGACACAAUUUUCUCAACAGGAAGAAUGGUCUUAAGCGGCAGAGGUCUCUCAGGGAUUAUCCUUUCAAAAAGAGGAAGCUUUACGAUUGUAGCUCCGCCUCUAAUUCUGAUGAAAGCAUCACCGGUGAUGGAAUGUUCGGAGUGUCUGAGAAUGGUGCUAAUGAAGAUGGACACAGAUCUGGUGAUCUGCCAGGAGCAAAUGCAGCCCCAACUUCUGUAGCAGGAGGAUAUAAUUCCUUCCACUCCACUAAUAGCCAAGUCAAGCUUAGGAUCAAGACCUUUAGGGUUCCCGAGUUAUUUAUCGAGAUUCCAGAAACUGCAACAGUUGGUUCUCUAAAGUGUAUGGUUAUGGAAGCAGUAAAUGCAGUACUUGGCAGUGGGUUACGUGUUGGAGUAGUACUUCAGGGUAAGAAGAUUCGAGAUGAUAGCAAGACUUUGUUGCAGACCGGAAUUUGUCAUGAUAACAAGAUGGAUACCCUGGGAUUCACUCUCGAGGCGAACCCUGCUCCAGCCUCGAUAAGAUCAUAUCCCGAAGAUGGUCAAGGUCAACUGCCGUGCGACAAUCCUCAACCACUCGCCAGGUAUCCGCCCGCGCCUAGUAUUACUCAAAGUGCUGGCCAGCUGGGGACUCAUGAUACUCAUCUGGAUCUUCAUGGAAGCUUCAACAAUUUCAUAGAAAGCGAUCACGACUCAGCUCCUUCUCCUCCUGGCAUGUCGUUGCAGAGAACAACUUCAGAAUCGAAGGCACUGGUCCCAGUGCCUUCAGCGAAACAAGAUGCAUUAGCUGUGGUGCCGCUGAGAAAAUCUAAGCGAUCUGAGUCUACACAGCGACGCAUCCGUAGACCCUUCACCGUUGCUGAAGUGGAAGCUCUAGUUCAGGCCGUUGAGAAACUUGGAACUGGAAGAUGGCGCGAUGUGAAACUUAGAGCUUUUGAUAAUGCAAAACAUAGAACUUACGUCGAUUUGAAGGAUAAGUGGAAGACAUUGGUCCACACGGCCGGAAUAUCUCCUCAGCAAAGGCGGGGUGAGCCUGUGCCACAGGAACUCCUCGACAGGGUCUUGACGGCUCAUGCUUACUGGUCACAGCAGCAACCAAAACAGCAUCAGCUCAAGUCGGAACCGGACACAUGUCUUCUUCUAUGAAAGGGUGGGGUUCCAUUAGUCGAAAAGACAAGACCCAUCUGUCUAGGUGUGGUCUUUUCCUCUCUUGUUUUUAUUUUUCUGUGAUUAAUAGUACAAUACUACUACUACUACUAUGUAUAAAAAGUGUGUGUAAAAAGGGGAGUAAAUUAGUCUUUUUAUGUACUAAUAUUUGGGUUGUAGCAGUUGUAAAUGGGUUACAGAAUAAGAGGCUUUCAGCUAACAGAAUUCAUUAUGCUGGGAAACUGGCAAUCUUUUUAAUGUGAAGUUUCUCUCUCUGGUUGAAUUGAGAGUCUCAGUUGUCAAUUCUCUAGUGUAUCAGCUCUCUUGUUAAUGUAGAAUCAAUUGAUUCUUGGUUCUUGCCCAGUUUAGAGGUAUUAUUGUAACAGGGGUGUUUUUGUUAUAAACAUUUUUCACUUGUAUAUCUUCAUCAUCAUAAUCGAGAAUCUAUAUAUUGCUUCUUUUU